AUUUUUUGCAGCAACGCAACUAAAAGCAGAGACUUUAGCAAAAGCUUUAAAAAAAGUUCUCUUUUUUUUUUAACAGUUUAUAACCCUAAAAUUAGUUUGUCUAGAGCUAAACGCUGUACUUUUGCAGCGUUUAGUGCGCUCUUAAUAAGCUUUAAAAAUCUACUUAAAAAAAUAGUUUUUAUACUAGGUUGUACUUAUAACUGUAGCAGGUCUCUAAAAUAA